GGGUUGUCAGCACAGCAUUGCUGGAACUGCUGGCUUCGGAGGCAGUCACACCUGGGUUACUAAAUUAGUGAUAAUUCUUAUCUCAUAAGCUUGUGGCAAGGAUUAAAUGAUCCCACAACUUGCAAGGUUCUUCACGGAGUAAAUGCUUCGUAAAACAUAUAUAAAUAGCUGAGAUGGAGGUUAUGAUGGCUGUUACGAGUAACAGUUUACACAGUCACAAACAAAAUCCCCAUCAUCCCGCUCAGGGAAGAAGUGAGGGCACUACCUACAUGCAUCAUGGUCCAUGUCUUUGGAGACAGAACACACCUUAUUUCUGAAAAAAAAAAGAAAGAAGAAGAAGAGAAAAGAGAGAGAGGAGCAGAGUGGCUUCUAUAAACCAGAAUAAUUGAACAGCAGUUAAGAAAACACAUGAAUAUAUUCAGUUAUAGCCUAGGUUAAUUAACUGCUUUCAUGAUAAGACACGCACAAGAAUGGAGAGGGUCUGCAUCACAUCCAGCGCAGUGAGGGUUCAUAUAUAAACAUGGCUGGGAGAAGGCAAGGAUAUCAGAGUAUCUUCUCACUACAGCUCAGCUGAACUCACAUCUCCUGUCACCAUGUCCCACAUCUGCUGCUCUGGAAACUUCUCCUCCUGCUCCCUUGGGGGCCACUUGCACUACCCAAGCUCUUCCUGUGGCUCCUCCUACCCCAGCAACCUGAUCUACACUACGGACCUCUGCUCUCCCAGCACCUGCCAGCUGAGCUCCUCUCUGUACAGUGGCUGUCAGGAGACCUGCUGGGAGCCCACCAGGUGCCAGAUGUCCCAUGGUGUGUCCAGCCCCUGCCAGUCAUCCUGCUAUUGCCCUAGGACAUCCACGUUCUGCAGUCCCUGCUGGACAAAUUAUGCUGGGUCUCUGGGCUCUGGGUCCGGCAAAGGCUACUUCCUGGUCUAUGGAUCCAGAAGCUGUGGGUCCAGUGGAUCUCUGGGUUCUGGAUUCUUUGGCUUCCCCUCCCUGAGCUGUGGAUCCUGCCAUCCAAUUUAUGUGGUUUCUUGAAGCUGCCAAACUUCUUGUUACCAGCCAACCUGUAGAUCUGGCCUCUUCUACUGAUCACCUUAAGGGUUCUAGUCUGUGACUUCACUGUUACCUCCCUCAAAGUUGAUCUCAGCUGCUACCUGGCUUGAGUCUGUAUUCUACUACCUAGAAGA